UCAACCAUUGAAAUGCAGUCGAGAAACAAGUAUCGCAAGGAAAAACUCAACUCCGAAGAAAACGUUUCCCAAAGUUCUCGUUCAAAUGAAAAAGUCGGCUCAAAAACAAAAUGCUUACCCUGGAUUUUGCUGACCAUCGGAAUCGGUCUAUGUAUUAUCGCUACCGGUAUUUAUAUUGUGUUAUCUCUCAACAGCCAUGAUAGCAGGGCUAUGUUGGACUUUGACCCAGCGAUUAAUCUUAGUUUCAGUCGUGAAAUUCAUGAUGAAGGGUUUUUCAAUUUUACUUUGGAAGGACUUGGAAAAAUAUCAACUGGCUUACAAUCUCCUCAAAUAGUAAAGGGAUGCCGUGAAGUAUCCUGUCGCAUUGACUGUUAUGAUAAUGAGGAUUUGUAUCGGGAUUUAGCUGUUGUAAUGAAUGCAAGUACAUGUGAAGUGAUUACCUCCUUGUUAGUAUCAAAUCAAGUCCAAGAAGGCAUUGAAGACUUGUGGAUCGGGUUAAACUCAACAGUUCUCAAAAUUUUGCUGAUCAAGAGCCAAAUUUCAAAAAUAAAAACUGGAGCAUUUUCUGCGUUUAUGUUUGCAAAGGUAUUCCAUAUGAGUUGGGUUGAUCUCCAGGUAUCAGAACUUAGCAAUGGAGCAUUACUUGGACUUUACUCUCUAAAGAAACUGGAAAUUGAAUUUAAACUUCCUAACAUAAGCAUGACAUUUCUGCAACCCGUUCAGGUUACUCUGACGCAUCUGAGAAUAAAUGCCGGAAUAUCUUUUAAAGGGAAUUUAAAUGUUUUCGAGAAUAUAUAUCUGGGAAAAUUAAAUCACCUGGAUCUGAGCCACAACAGCUUCAGUGGACCACUUAGUAAACGCAUAUUUACCGGAACUCCAAACAUAACAUAUCUCUACUUAAAGUAUUGCUCAAUAACUUCUAUCGAGGAUACUGCAUUCCAAGAUCUUGUCGAUAAACUGAUUCUGGUUGAUCUUAAGCACAAUGUACUCACCCAAAUCAGUGACAAUGUUCUCCACAUGGGCGGUAAGCCUAUAUUACUCGACCUUGAACCCAAUAACUGGCACUGCAAUUGUCAACUCCGAUCAAUGAUUGCCUAUUACAAUGAUAAUAAGAGUCUUUUUAUAAGCACACCAUAUUGUCGAAUGCCAUAUAACCUUUAUGGUAAAACAUUUGAUGAAUUAAACGCUGAGGAACUGAUCUGCGAUCCACCAAUGGAAAUACCCAGUAAUCUCACUACGGAUACAAUAUAUAAAGUCACAACAGAUGGGAGCGAAAAUGAGUCGGAGAUUCCUAGCGAGGAUUUCAUUACCAAUCAAGACUCUACAGAAGCACCAACAAAUCAAAGUCCAUAUGGUGCAAUUCUUCAGUUUAGCUGCUCGGAAGCUAUCGAUUAUGAUAAGACCGACAAUAAAAUCGAACGUGAUGUGAAUAAAAAGGAAUCUAAAUUCUAUAGUUCAGGAACCUUUAUCUUUGAACCACCCCUGUAUGAUCUUAUAUUGGAUAUAUUCGAUAAUUAUAGCGUUCGAGCUUUUAUUGAGGGAUAUCAGAAGUCUGAUCAGUAUAACAUCAUUUGGUUUUCCGAUCAGUUGGACAGCGGUGCAAUUAGGAACGCAUCACAAACGGACUACACUUGUAUGCAAUACGAAGAACCCUAUUUAAUUGUUGAUCCCUUGCGACAGAAUCGAACUUACACUUUUUGUAUGAUGCCCAUGGACAGUUUAGUUAUAUCUCCUCUACUCUGUCAGCCCUUAUAUGUGCCUAUUGCGAGGGACAACUCGGACUCUGAUGAUAUCUGGAUUCCAGAGAGUGAGAAACAGUUUACCAUCGCAAUGCUUUGCCUCAUCUUCUUCAUAUCCACCGUAUUUGGGGCAAUAUUUGCCUAUCUGGGCAUAAAGUCCUUUCCGAAUUUAUUGGAAGGUUCCAAAAAUGUAUUGGUAGUCAAGGAAGUCGAUAAGGAAUGUUACGUAUCAACUAUAACCGAUUCAAAAUACAUAAAGACACCUCUAACUAAACAUAAUGUUGCAGAAAAUUCAUUUAGAAUGAGAAACAAAAAGUCAUUUGAUACAUCAGCUAAAAUUUACGACGCAAAUCUUCCAAGUUUACUAGAUUUAAGAUCUCCAUCUACUUGCUUUGAGGAACCAUUUUCGCAAUUGGAAUUUCAGACCAUCGGAUAUGAGAUGCCUAAACAGUUUAAGAAUGAUAUCAAGGAAAGUUCCACAAUUAAUAAGUGCUUAGACAGACCCCACUCCCCGCCUCCUCUGCCUAAACGUAAUUCUAUUGUUUCUGAUUACAUGGACCCCAAGCUUAAGGCAUAAAUCAUAUUUUUAAUAAAUGAAAAUAUACUUAUAAAUAAAUGUAUA